AUCUUCCACCACGACCACAAGAUUCUAAACCCCCACAGUUCCUUUAGAAGGCUUCCCACCAUAAUUCGCCAGAGCAAAGCAAACCUUUCACUUGGCUCUGCAGCUUUUGAAGCAUUCAAGCAGCAGCAGCAACAACAAUAAUAAUAAUAUCAGAGAAAUGGGAACAUGUCUCUUGCCCACGAGUUGCACCCUCUCAUGGAGGUCUCCUCUCCUGCAGAUGAUACCUUCUUCAUCCCAGCAGACUCUUGCCCGUUGCAGUACCGUCAGGCCUGGUGCAAGUUCGGGAGAGGGCAUAGGAGAUGAUGAUAAACUGUGCCGGGCCUUACCGAGAAGGUCGGCCUUAGUGUCCGGGUUGAGUCUCGCGUCAUCCACCAUGUUGGGAUUGUUCUCCGGGGAGGCGGAGGGAGUCGUGAAACAGGGCCUUCUUGCCGGGAGGGUUCCUGGUCUCUCCGAACCCGAUGAGCAAGGUUGGUUGGUCUCUUGUCCUGCUGCUGCCUUAUAUACAGGUUGGAGGACAUAUCGAAGACCCGAUGAUAAGUCAGGAGGCCACGGAGUUGGUUGGAGUCCUAUCAUACCUUAUGCCUUCUCUGUUCGACAGGAUUGGGAAGAGGUACCAGUAUCAAUUGCUGAUCUAGGUGGCACAGAGAUUGACUUGAGAUUUGCCAGCUCCAAGGAAGGACGGAUCUUUGUGAUUGUUGCUCCAGUUCGUAGAUUCGCUGAUGCUAUAGAUGAUGAUGCCAGAAUCGAACAAAUUGGGCCUCCCGAGAAAGUGAUCAAUGCAUUCGGGCCAGAAGUCAUUGGAGAAAAUGUUGAAGGGAAGGUCAUGAGCAUGAGUGUAGCCGAGCAUGGAGGACGGACAUACUAUCAGUUUGAGUUGGAGCCUCCACAUUGUCUGAUCACAGCAACUGCUGCAGGGAACCGCCUGUACCUGUUCAACGUGACUGGAAGUGGUCUUCAGUGGAAGAGGCACUACCCCGACUUGAAAAGGAUAGCCGAUUCUUUCCGCAUUGUGUAGCUUACACUUCGCUUUCCAUUAGAUCAAUAGAGGACACAAUUUUUGGGUCUACACUGUGAUCUAUGGUAGUUAAAAGAAUUUGAAACUUAUACACGUAUUCUAAGGUGUAUUAGUCCAAUCCAUAACAACAGAGUCUUGAGGAGCUU